UCCAUAAUCGGUCACAUCGGUCGCACGGUGCUUACGGAACAGUCACCUUUUGUCAGCCUCAGUGCGCAUUCUGCCACUUGGGAAACAAAGAUGCCGCGAGGAUUUUCGGACAGGUUGAGGGUGGGAUUUUUCGCUCAGGUAAAUGAGAUUGAAAUGCUCCAUUUUCAAAUCAAAUCAAAUGAAUCUCUCGUUUAUAAUAAUCUACAACUGAAUGUGCUGCACACAGGCCCACUCAUGUUCCAAUUAGCACGAUACUCGAGAUAUCGCAGUAUAUUUUAUGAACCUACGACCGGUUUCGCCAACUUUGGACGGUCGUGGGCUGUCAAAGAGUUUUCAUCAAAAUUUUACCAUGAAAUAUGGGGAGCCGAAGAAGCGGACCGCAUUGACGGAAUUCUUGCAAUGGUCUCUCAUGAGUUGCCGCCUGAAGAUGAGUCACAAAGCAUACUCAAAUUGCAAGUCAACCUUUCGGUCACAAACCAAGAGUUGAUUAAACUGAUGAAUGGUGUCGCGCCCAGUAUAACCAGUGGACGUCUGUUUCCAAAUCUCUUCUCUCAGCUCAUGAAAUUCGUCGCCCCAGAAGCUGCCGAUUUGGACUCGACAAAGCACUGGAACAAUCGGAUGUACUGUCAAGAAGACAAAGCCUGUACACCUCAAGGUAUCUUGGCGAUGCAGCCAUGUAUUGCUAAGCGUGGAGUUACCGUCCCUGUCUACGUGUCAUUUCCCCAUUUCAUGGACGCGGAUCCACGCAUCUCCGCGCGAUUUGAAGGUCUGCCCAAACCCAGUAAAGAAAAACACGGAAUUCAUUUGCUUGUGGAACCC